GAAUAUGUAGGAACUUGAGGGUUCGAAUGGCAAUUCGUUUGCAGCCUUCUGAAAGAUAUCACAGCAGCAAUAGCUCGCCAGCGAGCUCAAAUCCGACUAGCAUCGUGGAGAACUACUCUGAAAUUUUAUUGGUUAAUGACCCUCUCUAUGAAGAGGCUUACAAACCCUUUGAAGAAUCCACAAUUUGAAACAAAUAAGAAUCAUAAUUUCGCAAUUCGCAAAAAGCCACUGACCCAAUAAUUUGCGCUCAAUAAAUUCGCUGACUCCGUACUAAACUAGGUCGCAAACAUCCUCUGACGUGUGUUACUCCAGUUUCACGUUAGCCACUUGGAUUAUUUGCUUACCUAUGCGCAAAACAACCAACCCGAUUGAACGUAAUACCAAUAUUCAGCAAUCAUCACUCUCAAAUCCUCAAUCUCAGUAUGGGUUGAUGCUGACGCUGCCCGCACUCCCUUAAGUAGUUGACGUUAGUUCGAUCAUUCGUUCAUAUUCGUCGACAAAGUGGUUUGACCCCAUCCCUACAGCUUUCAGCUUACUUAGAUUACAAACGAACGACACGUCUCUCUCACUAGGAGGGACCGAGAUUAAGCACCGAUGAGCAAAAACGAACUGGGAGGCUGAGUCGCUGUCGCCGGUGAUAAGGAACUACGUGAUCAUAAGAAGUGACUUAAAAGAGGCUGCUAUUCCUGGGCCGCAGUUCAGUUCAGUGCCGGUGGUGUUUCCGUAGGGUUCUUUCUUGGAUUAGGAAGCUCUGGUUCGGUUGUUAUCUCAAAAUGAGUGGUUCGAAGCGUGAAGAGAUGGUUGCGACUCCGUUCAAGCUGUGGGGUGGUCGCUACUCGAAGGGAACCGAUCACGUUCUGUCGAGGGUGAACAACUCGUUGACCGUGGAUAAGCGACUGUAUUCGGAGGAUAUCGAUGGCAGUAUUGCCUAUGCGAAGAGUUUGGCCGAAGCCAAGUUGCUGACGCAAAGUGAGUUCAAGGUGAUUUGCUACGGACUCGAGACAAUUCGUGAAGAGUGGAACAAGGGCACGAUCAAGUUGAUGCCUCGGGACGAAGAUGUGCACACGGUUAACGAACGGCGGUUGAUCGAGAUCGUGGGACUGCAAAUUGGAGGUAAAUUGCACACCGGAAGAAGCCGAAAUGAGCAGGUUGUGCUCGAUAUGAAGAUUUGGAUGCGCAAAGCUGUUCGCGACGUUAUGAAGCACUUGGGUGACCUGAUCAACGGGAUCAAUUCAGUGGCCGAGAAGUAUAUCGACGUCCUGAUGCCUGGAUACACUCACAUGCAGCGAGCUCAACCUGUAAGGUUCAGUCACUGGAUUCUGAGCUAUGCCUUUUACUUCAAGGAAGAUUUUGAGCGAUUUUCGGAAUUCUAUAAACGCAUGAACGUUCUUCCCUUGGGAAGUGGAGCACUGGCAGGAAAUCCAUUCAACAUCAACCGACACAAACUGGCCGACGAUCUUGGUUUCAAUGGGGUGACCUACAACAGCAUGAACACCGUCAGCGAUCGAGACUUUGUCGUGGAGUUCAACUUCCUUUGUACUUUGGUCGGAGUCCAUCUGAGUCGCCUGUCCGAGGAUUUGAUCAUGUUUGCCACCAAGGAGUACAACUUCCUGGAACUGUCCGAGGAGUACACAACCGGGAGCAGCCUGAUGCCGCAGAAGCGUAAUCCGGACAGUCUGGAGCUGAUCCGGGGCCUCUCGGGAAGCGUUUUCGGGCAGCACUGUGGCCUCCUCAUGACCUUGAAGGGCCUUCCGUCGACGUACAACAAAGAUUUGCAGUGCGAUAAGAGCGGGAUGUUUGCCGUCUACGAUCAGAUGCUGCUCUCGCUGACGUUGAUGACCGGAGUGAUAACGACGAUGCGCGUCGACGAGGAGCGCUGCCUCAGUUCGCUCAGCUACGACAUGCUGGCCACCGAUAUGGCAUACUACCUGGUGCGCCGGGGCAUCCCGUUCCGAGAGGCCCAUCACAUCUCCGGCGAGGUGGUCGCCUAUUCCGAGAAGGUGAAGAUUCCGAUCAACAAACUGACGCUGGAGGAUUUGCAGGAGAUCAGCCCCUCCUUCGACGAGUCCGUCAGCAACCUUUGGAACUACGAAAACAGCGUCGAACAGUACACGGUCGUCGGGGGAACUUCCAAGAUCUCAGUCCAGGAACAGAUCAACCUGCUGAAGGCGUUCCUCGCCAACUGUGAAUGAGUGUCGUUGCUGUGAAUUUAUUGUUUAAGUCUUUUUUUUUGUUGAAGUUUAUAUUUUCUGAUAUUUAGUGUUAAAUUUGCUGUGUAGUUUAUAUAAAAAUUAUAAACAUUUUAUAUAAAUUAUAUCGACUGUGUUGAUUCGUAGUAAGUUGUAUUGGCGACGAAAUGAAACGGAACUGCGCAAAUGAUAUUUUGUAAAUUUUAAUAAAAAAAAAGUUAGUUGUAAUAUACGUUAUAAUAAAAUAUGAAUGAUUAAAAAUUACAAGAAAAAUUUCUACAAUUAGUUUUAAAUUGUUUAACGGAUAAAUCAAGCAUAAGUUUACUGUUUUUGGACGAAGCAAUUGGCGUUGAGGACCAAAACUAUGGAAAAAAGGGUGCGAAAUAAAAAUAAUACCACUUGAGUUUAACAACAAAAGUCAAGAUUACCUAUUACAUUAAA